AUGAAAUCCUAUUCAAUUUUUUUAAUAUUUUUUUGUUUUGUGACUUCUUUUAUCACAUAUACUAAUGCACAAGAUAAUCAAGAAUUAGUUAAUUUUGCUCAAAAAGUUUUUAAUAAUGUUAAUAAUUUAACAUCUAUAUUACAAGAAGGGAAACAAACAGAUAUUAGUACAUUAAGAAGAUCAAUUUCAAGUAUAUUGGGAGGAGGUUUACUUGGACAAAUUGCAGAAAAUCCAAUACGAUUAGCUGAUCAUUUUGGAAUUGAUAUUGAUAAUUUUGGUUUUAACAGAACAAUCCUUGAACAAACUAUUGGAAUUGAAAAUCUUAAAAAUAAAGAAAAUUAUGAAACAUCUAAAGAUGUAACUACAACGCCAUUUCCAACUACAACUACAAUUACAACCAUGCCUACAACAACAAAUGUAAAAACAGGUAAUUCAUUUGAUUCUGUUCUUCUUGAUGAUUUUGGUAAUGUUUUACCAAUGACUUCAUUUGUUCAAGAUAAUCAAAAUGAAAUUCCAAAAUCUGCUAUAAAUAUUCAAGUUCCAUCAAUGCCAUUUACAAAACCAAAUGUAAAUUUUGAACCAUCAUCAAUUCCUGUAUCAUCAACAAUAACUGCUAAAAUUGAUGAGAUUCAAGAAAUAAAAGAACAAUUAAAAAAACUUGAACAACUUUUGAUUCUUAAAGAAUUUACACAAAAGUAUCCUGAUCUAGCAGAAAAACUUGUUUCAAAUAAUACUCCUAAAACACAACAAUCAAUUCAAUAUGUUCCACAAAACCAACAAAAUAUUUAUAAAAAAAGUCAAUCAUAUUUACCUCAAUCAACAGAACCAACCAUUACAUCAUCAUUUAUAGAAAUAAAUAAACCAUAUCCUAUCACUCGUUCUGAAAGUAUACCAAUUCAAUAUAAAUCUAAAGAAAAUUUACCACAACAAUCUUAUAAUAUUUUGAAUACUCAAACAUCCAUUCAACGACCAUCAAGAAUAAGUCUUCUUCAAAAUCAACCAAGAUAUGCUUAUAAAAAUAAUGACAAUCUUGAACCAAUAGUUAGUUUUAACAAUGAUGAUAAUAAUAUUCAAAAAUCUUCAUAUCCUAUAUCUGAUGUCAAAUGUGAAUGCCUUGAAAUUGAGAUUGAUCAAUUAACAGGUAGUUGGACAAAGGCUAUGUCAAGUAAUAUUAUGAUAACAAAGUUUAAAAAAAUUGUUGGUAAAAUGUUUGGUUUAGAAGGAAAAAUGGAACUAACAUGUAGUGCUUUUACUAUUAUACCAUAUGAAAAUGAUGAUUUAAGUGCUAAAAUUCAAUGGAUAUUUAGAACACCAAAUUCAAAAAGACCUUUUAAAAUAAACGGUGUAUUAAACUUGACUAAUGAUAAAAGAAUUGCUCAUGUAACAUUCACUGAUUUUAAUGGAUUUGUUACAGAAAUUCCUUUGUGUAUAUUAAAAAAUUCUGAUUCAACUACAUCAAGAAAGAUGAAUGAUUACAUUGUAGUUGUUGAAAAUAAUAAAUGUUCUGAACCUGUUUUAAUGAUAAGUAAUCCACAAAAUUUUUUUGAUCAAGUUGAUCAUGAAUUAAUUAAAUACCUUAAACAUAUGAUUCAAAGUGGACAAUUUUCAACUAUGGAUAUAGUAUCUUCAGGAGAGACAUGCGCCGAAAUGUAA